AUGACUGAAGAAAAUGAAACCCCUCUUAUUGCAGCACCACGUCGUACAUUAAGAAAAAGUCAACACUCUGCAUCAAAGAGUGUUUCUGAUAGAUACAAAUUUGUUGGAGCACAACAAGAAAUUGUUGAAAACACAAUCAAUGAUAAUGUUGUUGUUGAAGAGGAACAAAAACCAAAAAUUGUUCGUCCUAGAGGCGCUUCCCUUUUUGGAAAUUUUGACCCAACCCAAAAACCUUUAAGAAAAUCAGUCUCAGUAUCAAAACCCGUUCAAAAAGAGCAAGAAGUUAAUCAAAAUGAUACAAAUCCACUUUCAAGUGCACAAACCAAAAAAAUAGUUCAACAAACACCACCAGAUAAAAUUAAUGAAAAAGAAAAACAAUUCGAAGCGCCAAAACUUCUUAACAUAAGAAGAAAUACAAUAUCCGUUUCAAAACCAGUUAAACAAGAAGAAAAUAAACAAAUCGACUUCAGAUCACUUCUGAAAUCAAAACAAACUGCUAACACAGGUAAAGAACCACAAAAUGUUCAACAAAAAAAUGUCGAACAAAAAGUUCCAUUAAAAAGCAACAGGUUGCCAAAUACUUCUAAAGAACAAGAGAAAACAAAAUUAACAGAAAGUGGGUCACCACCAUUUGUUCAACCAAAAAAAGAUGAAAAUCCUGUUAUUUAUGAAGUACCUACAAUAACAGGUGAAAAGAAAGAAUUUACUGUAAAAAACAAAACAAAUACAACAAUUCAACAAAGGGAUUAUGAAGAUUUUGGCAUCAUAACAUCAAUUGUUUUUGAUUCAUCUAUUUGGCGCGAAGCUGACGAUUUAAUUCAACAACUCGAACGCAAUCAGUUAGCAUAA